AUGUCCGCUCCUGACAACUGCUCGUUGUAUCUAAUGGUUGACAAAGAUGAAUGGCUUUGUCCUCCUGGGGAAAAGUGUACCAACCAGACCUCUGGGGUGAACGGCAGCCACAUGGAUCUGGAUGAUGCAUGUCUGACAAAGUACUUGGAGGAAUAUCUGGGUCCUCGUCGAUCAUCUGUGUUCCUUCCCGUGUGCUUCAUCUACCUGGUCAUUUUCAUGAUAGGUGUGGUGGGGAAUGUGCUUACAUGCACUGUCAUUGCACGCAACAAAGUGAUGUGGACGCCAACAAACUACUACUUGUUCAGUCUGGCAGUGUCAGACCUGCUGGUGCUGCUGCUCGGCAUGCCAUUAGAGCUGUAUGAGCUGUGGCAGAACUACCCUUUCCUCCUGGGAAAAGGUGGCUGCUACUUUAAAACAUUCCUAUUCGAGACUGUUUGCUUGGCGUCCAUCCUCAAUGUGACGGCGCUGAGUGUGGAGCGUUACAUUGCUGUGGUGCACCCGCUACGAGCAAAGUAUGUUGUAACACGCACCCAUGCCAAACGGGUCAUCCUUACAGUGUGGGGUGUGUCGGUGUUGUGUGCUUUGCCUAACACAAGUCUGCAUGGGAUCUACAUCCUUCAAAGUCAUUCCACCAGCCCUGCUGGAAACAUUACCUUGGACAUCCCUGACUCAGCGAUCUGUACGCUGGUGAAACCGCGCUGGAUGUACAACCUGACCAUUCAGGUGACCACCUUGCUUUUCUUCUUUCUGCCCAUGCUCACCAUCAGUGCUCUCUACAUGCUCAUCGGGCUGCAGCUGAAGCGGGAGAAGAUGCAUCAGGCACUGGAGAGGAAGUCGGGCUUUGGACAGGACAGCUUCUGUAACAUCCGAACACAGCAGCAGAAGGCACGUCGAAGGCAGGUCACUAAAAUGUUGUUUGUUUUAGUGGUGGUUUUUGCGAUCUGCUGGGCCCCGUUUCACACUGACCGCCUCAUGUGGAGUUUCAUCAAUAACUGGACUGACAACCACCUGGAAAUCUUCCAGUAUGUGCACAUCAUCUCUGGAGUGUUCUUCUACCUCAGUUCAGCAGUCAACCCAAUCCUGUACAAUCUCAUGUCCACACGCUUUAGAGAAAUGUUCAAGGAGGUCAUGUGCCAUCGGCCACAUCACAUCACUCCCAGGAAACACUCGCUCAGUGUCACCCGGGUGACGCUCCGCAGCACCCUAAGUGAUGUGCCGCUCAGCAACGGAGCCGCUGUUGUUGAAGCCGAGGCAGAAGAUGGAGAAUUGAGAAUGAAAGAUGAGACCACUUUUACAUGUCCCCCUUGA